AUGGGAUUUACCGAUAGCAAAAUGAGUGAUUUAAAUUUUCUCCCAAAAAAACACACAAACUUUACAAUCGAAAAUAUCCUUCUAAGGAGCAAUGAAAACAAUACAAGAACACUCGAUGUGGAGCACAACGUGGAUCUAUCAUCAAAAAUGCGCAUCAAAUGCGAACAAGAUGACCCCAAACUUCCUUCAACACUAUCACCAUCACUUGCACCGUCCUCAUCAUCAUCAUCAUCGGCCAAUCAACGUCCAAUGAAUCGAGUUCUAGCCAACCCUUGGUGCUCGCGGGGACCGUUAAUGUUUGACCCAAAGAUCGUCGUCUACGCAAAACCAGCGACGGUUGUCGAGUCAACAGUAUCAGCUGCAGAAACAGCUGCUCUAGCAGAAACGUCCUCGAUAGCACCUUCUUCCAGUAGCCCGUUGAUACCGUUGAUAAAAGCGGAAGUCGAGAGAAAAGUGAUGCUAGGCGCGUAUGCUAAUAGCAGUGUAAUUGAACGAAACAGAUUAUCUAUCAAUUAUCCCUAUCCGGUCGGGUUUUUCAAUGCCUAUGCUGCCGCAGCAUCAAUGACAACCCAUCAUCACCAGCAACAGCAGCAGCACCAACCAAGUGUGACAGUCCCGUCAGUGCUUAGCAGCUUAUACCAAAUCGAAAAAAGUGAUGAAAAUCAAAAUAGUAUCUUUAGUGCUACUAGCAGCGCCUCCAGCAGCGUCGGUAUGGACGCGAACAAUAGUGAUAUGCACCCUUUCUUCGGAAUGGACGCCAGUGAUAUGCUUGGAUACAGCCUAGCAUCAAACGUGACAACAGCCGUGGGACCGUUCACGCUCGGUUUUCCUGAAUACACCUUCCAGUGUCAAAUUUGUGAUAAGAUUUUCGGUAGCCAGGAUACGCUGAUGAUGCACGAGAAAACACACAAGACACCGCGCUUUGAGUGCGAGGAAUGCGGAAAAGGUUUCUCUCAGCUACGCAAUUACAAGUACCACAUUUCAGUCCACCGUGGAACGAAAGAAUUUGCCGCCAAAUGCCCAGAGUGUGGCAAAAUAUUCAACGACAAGGGAUACCUUAGUAGUCAUCUGAAAAUCCAUCGGAACAAGAAAGAGUACUCUUGUCCCCACUGUCCCAAGUCGUUCAAUCAGCGGGUAGCGUUCAACAUGCAUGUUCGGAUCCACACCGGGGUUAAGCCACACAAGUGCAGCGAAUGUGGCAAGAGAUUUUCCAGAAAAAUGUUGCUGAAGCAGCACCUUCGAACUCAUUCAGGAGAAAAGCCCUACCAAUGCUCGGUGUGUGGUAAGAGUUUUGCUGAUCGCAGCAAUAUGACACUUCAUCAUCGACUCCACUCGGGAAUUAAACCGUUUGCCUGCCCGAUUUGUCCAAAAGCAUUCACCAAAAAGCAUCACCUGAAGACUCAUCUAAACUAUCACACCGGAUACAAACCGUAUAAAUGUCCGCAUCCCAAUUGCGGCCAAACAUUCACCCAGUCUAGCAAUAUGCGAACACAUGCCAAAAAAUGUCAAUUUAAGCCAACAGAUGGGUGAUGCAUAUCUUCGCACUGUGCAUAAGCUGUGCUAUUUGAG